GGUCUUCUAAUCUUAGCGAAUAGUUAUUGCAAAUCGAAUGAUAGUGCUGGAGCUAAGAAUUCGUCGCGACACUACCAAGCUGAUACUGACUCAUUCCUCAGGCAUGUGGUUGUGCCUUGAACUUGUCAACACACAGACUUACCAUAUGCUCGCACACAUGCAUGGUUGCUGUAUAUAAAGCCACAGAAUUGAGCACCUGAACCUGCCAUUGCAGUUGCAGACAGAUCACCAAAGGCAAAGCGCUCUAGGCACUCACCAUUAGCUUAUUAAUUAGCUGCCUGCAAAACAACUAAUCUCUGAACCUGGUGCGAGAUUGCUGGAGAUCAUGGCGUCCGAGUUCAGCCGCGUGUUCUCAGCGUUCGACCGCGACGACGACGGCAAGAUCUCGGCAGCCGAGCUGCGGCUCUGCAUGAAGGCCGCGCUCGGCGAGGACGUGUCCGCCGAGGACGCCGACGAACUCGUGGCGUCCGCGGACACCGACGGCGACGGGCUGCUGAGCCAGGAGGAGUUCCUGAAGCUGGUGCAGCUGGAAGCGGCGGCGGAGGAGGAGCGGUGCCGGGGACUGAAGGAGGCGUUCGGGAUGUACGAGAUGAAGGGCGAGGGGUGCAUCACGCCGCUGAGCUUGAAGCGGAUGCUGAGCAAGCUCGGCUCGCACCAGGAGAUCGACGAGUGCAAGGCCAUGAUCUGCAGGUUCGAUCUCGACGGAGACGGAGUGCUCAGCUUCGAGGAAUUCAAGGUCAUGAUGGAUGCAUAGCAUUACAACGAUGGAGCGGUAGCGUGUUUGGUCAGUCAGUGUGCUGGUUAAAAUGUACCCCCUCUGUCCCAAAUUAUUAUUCGUUUUGAUUUUUUUUAGAUACAU